AUGGCUGCCGUCACUACCCCCCAGGAAACCCCCAAGUCGGGCCUCGCCCUGUACAGCCGCUUCGCCUUCGCUGGUGCCGUGUGCUGCAGUGUCACCCACGGCGCUGUCACUCCUCUUGAUGUCGUCAAGACCCGUAUCCAGCUCGACCCUGCCACCUACAACCGUGGUAUGAUCGGUGGCUUCCGUCAGGUCAUCCAGAACGAGGGUGCUGGCGCUCUCCUCACUGGUCUCGGCCCUACCGCCGCUGGUUACUUCCUCCAGGGUGCCUUCAAGUUCGGUGGUUACGAGUUCUUCAAGCAGCAGGCCAUCAACCAGCUCGGCCUCGAGACUGCUACCAACAACCGUACCGCUGUCUACCUCGCCUCCUCCGCCUGCGCUGAGUUCAUGGCCGAUAUUGCCCUCUGCCCUCUCGAGGCCACCCGUAUCCGUCUCGUCUCCCAGCCUUCCUUCGCCAACGGUCUCUUCGGCGGUUUCAGCCGUAUCCUGAAGGAGGAGGGUGUCGCCGGUUUCUACUCUGGAUUCGGCCCCAUCCUGUUCAAGCAGGUCCCCUACACCAUGGCCAAGUUCGUCGUCUUCGAGAAGGUCUCCGAGGCCAUCUACGCUUCCGUUGACAAGAACAACCUCUCCGACGGUGCCAAGACCGGUAUCAACUUGGGCUCCGGUCUCGUUGCCGGUCUCGCCGCCGCCAUCGUCUCCCAGCCCGCCGACACCAUGCUCUCCAAGAUCAACAAGACCCCCGGUGCUCCCGGUGAGGGCACUAUCUCCCGUCUCAUCAAGAUCGGAAAGGAGCUCGGUCUCCGUGGCUCUUACUCCGGUAUCGGUGCCCGUCUCUUCAUGGUCGGCUCCCUCACUGCUGGUCAGUUCGCCAUCUACGGUGACAUCAAGCGUGUCCUUGGUGCCACUGGCGGUGUCGAGAUUGGCAAAUAA